GAAACUUCCAACCUGAAAUCAAACAACAACAACAACAACAACAACAAAAACAAAACAAAAAAACACAAUGAAGAAACUUCUUCUGAUAUUUCUCUUUUCUCUUGUCAUUCUCCAAACUGCUUGUGGAUUCGAUUACGAGGACAAGGAAGUAGAGAGCGAAGAGGGCUUAUCAAAUAUGUAUGACAGAUGGAGGAGCCACCAUUCUGUUCCUAGGAGUCUCCACGAAAGGGAGAAGAGAUUCAACGUCUUCAGACACAACGUGAUGCAUGUUCACAACACCAACAAGAAGAACAAAUCCUACAAACUUAAGCUCAACAAGUUUGCAGAUUUAACCAUAAAUGAGUUCAAGAAUGCCUACACCGGUUCUAACAUCAAACAUCACCGGAUGUUGCAAGGACUGAAACGCGGCUCCAAACAGUUCAUGUAUGAGAAUGCAUCCAAAUUACCGUCCUCAGUUGACUGGAGAAAGAAAGGUGCUGUCACUGAAAUCAAGAAUCAAGGAAGGUGUGGAAGUUGUUGGGCAUUCUCUACCGUAGCAGCUGUUGAGGGAAUCAACCAGAUCAAGACGAACAAGCUGGUCUCACUAUCAGAACAAGAACUAGUAGAUUGUGAUACUAACCAGAAUGAAGGUUGUAACGGAGGUCUUAUGGAGAUAGCAUUUGAAUUCAUCAAGAAGAACGGGGGAAUCACCACCGAAGAUAGCUAUCCCUACGAAGGUAUUGAUGGUAAAUGUGACGCUUCAAAAGAUAAUGGCGUGCUUGUGACGAUAGACGGGCAUGAAAAUGUACCCGAAAACGACGAAAAUGCUCUUCUUAAGGCUGUUGCAAAUCAACCUGUAUCUGUUGCAAUUGAUGCUGGAAGUUCAGAUUUCCAGUUUUAUUCCGAGGGAGUGUUUACGGGAUAUUGUGGAACAGAGUUGAACCACGGUGUGGCAGCGGUCGGGUACGGAUCUAACUCGAAUGGGGAAAAAUAUUGGAUAGUGAGAAACUCAUGGGGAGCUGAAUGGGGAGAGGGAGGAUAUAUAAAGCUUGAGAGAGGGAUUGAUGAACCGGAAGGGCGUUGCGGUAUUGCGAUGGAAGCAUCUUAUCCGAUCAAGCUAUCGUCUUCUAAUCCUUCCCCGAAAGACGAUGAUGUCAAAGAUGAGCUCUAAAUUUGUGGACACAUUGAGUAAAACCAUCUUAAUGGUGAUCCCAUUUUCUUGUUGAUUCAUGUUGUUAAUUUCUUCUUCAUGAUUUGAUAUUGAUGUUGGUUUUUGAUUUGAAUAAAGUUGUCUCGUUUUUCUUUUUA